ACCCGCGCUCCGCAGACUCAAUAGCCCAGAGACUCCACGUGGUGUAUCGUCGAACAUCGCGAACCAGUGCGCCACCACCGUGAAACAGACAUUUUUCUCUUUUUUUUUUUUAUUCUCGUCUUUCCUUCCGCUUCGCUUCAUUAAGCCACGGAACCCUCGUCUUCGAUCGUUCUGCCACGCUUUUUUACCGUGUUCGAGUUUCCCGUUACGCCGGAUAAAACACCGCGAUAGUCGUGGCCGGCGAUCGAGGUGAUAAGUUGUUACCAUUGUCUUCUUAUUUCGAAAGGAUCCUUUGUCUUUAGACGAGGGGGAGAGAAAGGUUGGCAGAGGGGGAGAGAGAGGGAAAGAUUGUUCCUUGUGACCGGUGAUCGGUGAUCGAUAUUCUCGGGAAAUGGUAGCUAGCUUCCGAUGAGAGAACAAUCCGCUGCUGACGUUCGUUUGUUGUGAAGAACGAGAACCGGGGUGGUAGAUCGAAGGGAGGACGCUGUUGCUUCUUUGUUCGACCGUCUUGCCUGCGAUAUCGAGAGGAAAAUGGGCAAGGGUUGGAAAGGCAUGAAAGAUUUCGUCGGCCUCGAAGAGGUGAUGAAGUUCGAGUUUCUGUUGAAGCUGUUCGCCGAAACCUUGGGAACGUUUCUUCUGGUGCUGAUCGGCUGUGCAUCCUGUAUCACGUGGACCGCGGACAAUCCUCCGACGGUGGUACACAUCGCGUUCACCUUUGGUCUGGCUGUCGCCAGCUUAGCUCACGUAUUAGGUCCGAUUUCAGGAUGUCACGUGAAUCCAGCUGUAUCGAUGGGACUUUUAGUAAGCGGGAAUUGCAGCUUUCUAAAGACGAUUUGUUACAUAGUUUGCCAGUGUUGCGGAGCAAUCGCGGGUUCAGGAAUUUUAAAGCUAUUGAUCCCUGUUGAAGCGGCAAAUAACGGCUUAGGAGCGACAAAUUUGGGCUUACUGGUCAACCAAAUGCAAGGCAUCUUCAUGGAAGCGAUCGUUACAUUCCUGCUACUUCUGGUUAUCCAUGCAGUAACAGAUCCCAAGAGAACCGACACAAAAGGAUGGGCGCCUUUGGCGAUCGGGUUGACCAUCACCGUGGCUCACAUGGCUGCUGUACCUGUAACAGGAAGUAGCAUGAACCCGGCUAGGUCGUUAGGUCCUGCGAUCGUCCUUGGUAAAUGGGACGAUCUGUGGAUCUAUUGGGUCGGACCGAUCCUCGGAGCCUGUAUCGCUGGUGCCUUGUACAAAUUGGCGUUCAGACAUAAAACGAUGGACGAUGAUGCUUCUUACGACUUCUAACAACAGAGUCGAACGUAAAUAUCGCUUACGAUGUGGACCUGUUCCCUGUAAACAAAAGGAACAAGUCAAAAAUCAUGUUGAUAUCUGCUGAAUGUAAAUUUACUGCAUUUGACGUAUUAAAAAAAAAAGUUUAAAUGGUGCUUUUCGCAAAAAAGAAGGAAAAAAGAAAUAGGAGAAGGUAUCGUUCGGUUUAAUUGAUAUCCGAAAUUGACGAUAAGGUAUUUUUGCAAAACAAAACACGACUGAUCGAAUAGUUUAAACUGAGAAAGAAAUGGACGUUCUGUUUAUAGUCUGAGUAAUCUUUUAACAAGUAUUUAGUACAAUUAGAUGUUUAGUAAACUAAAUCCUUGCAUUGUUUUAGAUACUACUUAUAAUUGACGAGACAGGGUAUAUUUAUACGUUUCAGUUUUUUGCAUUUCGAUCGUUGGAGGAAGGAUCAAGGAACAAGUCAAUUAAAAUUCAACGAAAUUAAACGAUGUAAACGCAAAUCAUUAUGCAAUACAUCUGACCGCGUUUGCCGUUAAUUUUUUCUUAUGUACUUCGCAUGCAAUGAUCUAUGAGAGAUAUACAAAGGAGAAACUUAAACAACAUCUUGUUUAGAGUAGACUUUGUUAUUGUUAAUAGUAUAAUUAAUGAAGUAUAUCUGUUUAAUAUUUAUCAUAUUUUUAAUGACGAUAAGAGAAAAGAAUUAAUACGCUCUAAAUGUUCUAGGUACAUAAUCUGUAUUUAUCCGAAUAAUUUAUGAAAUGUAUUUAACUUUAAUCGAUAAUUUUAAUAGUAACUUAUCAAAUUUAUUAUGGAUACAUAUAUGUAUCAUAUUAUGGACGCUAUACAAUUUCGCUCGAUAGAUUUUCAUCUUAUCACAACAAAGAUAUCCAUGUACAUGUCGUAUCGAUAUAUUUUCUACCCCAUUUAGGUUUUGUACAUAUUGUACUUGCAUUUACUUGUAAGAUUUCGCAUAUAAAUACAUGGUUCAUAUUGCACACUA